AUGUCUGCUUUGUUCGCUCGCACCGCCGCCGUCUCCGUGCGUGCCAUGGCUGCCCAAAACUCCAGACACUACCUCGCGUCGUCCUUCUCCUUGCAGAUGGCCAGAUUGUACUCGUCCGGCAACUUCCCCUCGCACGUGGUGAUCAAAAUGCCCGCGUUGUCGCCCACCAUGACCCAGGGCGGGAUUGCCUCGUGGUCCAAGGCCGUUGGCGACGAGUUGACGCCCGGCGAGCCCAUUGCCGAGAUCGAGACCGACAAGGCCUCCAUGGACUUCGAGUUCCAGGAGGAGGGCUACUUGGCCAAGAUCUUGGUCGACGCCGGAGCCCAGGACGUUCCUGUGGGCAAGCCCAUUGCCGUGUACGUCGAGGACAAGGCCGACGUGGGUGCGUUUGAUGGCUUCACGGCGUCGGACGCCGGCGAGGGCGAGGCCCCUGCUGCCGCACCCAAGGAGGACGAGCCCAAGAAGCAAGAGCCCGCCGAGACGCCCGCCGCCGCCUCCGAAAAGCCCGCCAGCCCCGCCAAGGCGCCUGCCAAGGCGCCGGCCGGCAGGAUCUUGGCCUCUCCGUUGGCCAAGACCAUUGCCUUGGACAAGGGCAUUGCGUUGAAGAACAUCAAGGGCUCGGGCCCCAACGGCAGAAUCGUGGCCAAGGACGUCGAAAACUACAAGGCGCCCGAGGCUGCGCCUGCCGCCGCCGCCGCCGCCGCCGCGCCCGCCGCCACGUUCCAGGAUAUCCCCAUCACGGGAAUGAGAAAGACCAUUGCGUCCAGAUUGUUGCAGUCCACGCAGCAGUCGCCCUCGUACAUCGUCCAGUCGCACAUCAACGUGUCCAAGUUGAUGAAGUUGCGCCAGUCGCUCAACUCCACUGCCGAGGACAGAUACAGGUUGUCCGUGAACGACUUGUUGAUCAAGGCCAUUGCCUUGGCGUCUUUGAGAGUGCCCGAGGCCAACUCCGCUUGGAUGGCCGACCAGGGCAUCAUCAGACAGUACAACGUCGUGGACGUGUCGGUGGCCGUUGCCACGCCCGCCGGCUUGAUCACGCCAAUCGUCAAGAACGCGCACACCAAGGGCUUGGCUGCCAUCUCCAAGGAGAUGAAGGCUUUGGGCAAGAAGGCGAAGGACAACAAGUUGUCGCCCGAGGAGUACCAGGGCGGCACCAUCUGCAUCUCCAACUUGGGUAUGAACAACGCCGUCAACGCAUUCACGUCUAUCAUCAACCCCCCACAAUCGGCCAUUGUCGCCAUUGGUACCGUGGAGAAGAAGGCCGUUCCGUCGUCUGUCAACGAGCAAGGCUUCGUGUUCGAGGACUUCAUCACCAUCACCGGCACCUUCGACCACAGAACCGUCGACGGCGCCAAGGGUGGCGAGUGGAUCCGCGAGUUGAAGAAGAUCGUCGAGAACCCGUUGGAACUCAUGAUCUAA